AUGCGUCCCGUACAGUGGACUUGCGAAAGAGGGAUCGGGGGGCAUGCAGACGCGAAGGCGGGAGGAUCCGUCGAGGGUGCAGGUUCGCAGUGUGCAUGGCCUCCUCCUCUUCCUCCUCUUGCACGUAUCAGGACACGCCUGCAGCAAGCCGAAGACUCGCAAGCCCCGAGCAGCGCAUCAUCCGACCUUGAAGAUUCAAGCAGCGCAUCAUCCGACCUUGAAGAUUCAAGCAGCGCCCCAGCAGGCUCUAAAGAGCCCCACCUCGUGUCUCCUAUCAGCAGGCUCUUCCCAGAGUGCUCCAAUCUCCACACGUCUCACAGGAGUGCAGAAGAGUCAGAAGUUUCAAGCAGCGCUCCAGCCGUCUCUGAAGAUUCACGUGGCCCCAGCAGUGCCCCAUCAGACCCAGACGAGCGAGAAGACCUCCAGCCCGUGUCUCCAAUCAGCCGCCUCUUCUUGGACCCAGCUCUGAGCACGGUCAUCCUGAUGGCCAUGGAGUUUGAGGGGAGGAGCAUGGGAGUGACGGAGAUCACUGGCUUGGUUCGAACCCUGCUGUCCUCCCAGCCCCGCUUCACCAGCCGCAUCGAGCAUUGGGGUUGGUGGCGAGAACCCAUGUGGGUGCCCACCCACGUGGACUGGCCCUCCCACGUGGUGCAGGAGCCUUCCCUCUGCUCCUCCUGCAGCAGCACAGACGAAUCUCAGACGUCCAUCUUGCAUGAUCGGCGCUCACCAGAGGAUCCUCGUUAUAGUGUGCCUCACUGCAGUGUGGAGAGCCAUGUGGUGCGGCUGCAGACCCUUCCGCUGUUCGAUUUCAGCCGGCCGUUGUGGCAAGUGCACCUGCUGCCCACCUGCGAGCACAUCCCUCGCUCCACUGCUGUCUUCCGCAUUCACCACGUCAUUGGCGAUGGCACCUCGCUGAUGUGCCUCCUCUCCAGCCAAUCUAGACCGUCCAAGUCAGAAACCCGUGGUGAUAGCGCCAUUGGUGAUGGUAUCUCCUACGGUUCUAAGGAAGCUGACAACAGCACGGUGAUUGGGGGGGCAGAAGGCAAUAACGAGUCAGCUUCUGAAGGGGAUGAAGUGGAAAGUUUGACGGGAAGCGUGGUAGGGAGUGAUUUGGCGGAAAGCAGUGCCUCAGUGCCACGUGGAAGCACCUCCUCCACUGCAGCACUGCCUAGUGUAACAAACAGCCACGUUAUUGAGAUGCCGGCAGCGACGAAACACACAGGUGGGGCAAAGGAGAUGAGGCGGGUGCAGCGAAUGAGGGCGGAGUGCAGGCAGAAGAAGGUGUCGUGGGAAGCUCACCUCACCAACCUCUAUGCCCGCCUCGCACUCGCGCUGCUGGGCCGCAAGGUGAUGGCAUGGCUGUUUGCGAGGGUGUCCCAACAGACCUCAAUCACAGUCUCCAACAUUGCAGGGCCGAAAGGAAAGCUGACUCUCUCAGGGCAUGUUGUUUCGGCACUUACUAUCACUACAGUGGGCCAACACCAGGCCAUGACGUGUCAUAUUGAGUCAUACGCCGGUUAUCUGAAGAUUGUUGUUAGUGCACUGGGUAACUAUGUCCCUGACGCUCCAAACAUGUGCUUCCAUUUCAUGAAGGCUUUUAGACGAUUGGAGAGGGAGACCUUAUGUUGUACAGGUCAUUAA